CAUUUAGGCCCAUAUGGUCUAUUUGGCGCCAAAUCUAUUCCUUCCUCCCCAAACACCACCGCGAAAACCCGUGAUUUCGAAACCCUACCAUUUCUCGAUUCCCAGCAAUGGAUAUGGAAAUCGAGAGCUGCGAGCCUAUUGAUAUGGAAGAAUCCACACCUAAUCCAGCUCACAGGGAGCCACCCAGUAUCCGCCGCCUGGAUGAAGCGGUGGUGAACAGAAUCGCCGCCGGUGAGGUCAUCCAACGGCCGGUCUCCGCCGUGAAAGAGCUCAUCGAGAACAGCAUAGACGCCGGUUCCACUUCUAUUUCCGUUCUAGUUAAAGACGGUGGCCUGAAACUCAUCCAAGUCUCCGAUGACGGCCACGGAAUUCGAUACGAAGAUCUGCCAAUAUUAUGUGAAAGGCAUACAACCUCUAAACUGAGUAAAUUUGAGGAUUUACUGUCUAUCAAAUCAAUGGGGUUUAGAGGUGAGGCUUUGGCAAGUAUGACGUACGUUGGUCAUGUCACAGUCACAACCAUUACCAAGGGUCAGUUGCAUGGCUACAGGGCAACUUAUAAAGAUGGUGUAAUGGAGAACGAACCAAAAGCAUGUGCAGCUGUUAAAGGUACUCAAAUCAUGAUUGAAAAUUUAUUUUAUAACAUGGCUGCUCGGAGGAAAUCACUUCAGAAUUCUGCUGAUGACUAUCCUAAAAUUGUCGACCUAAUUUGUCGGUUUGCCAUCCAUCAUACAAAUGUGAACUUCUCUUGCAGAAAGCAUGGAGCUGCUAGAGCAGAUGUUAACUCAGUUGCUACUUCCUCAAGGCUUGAUGCAAUCAGAUCUGUUUAUGGGGUAUCAGUUGCACAAAAUCUUUUGAGUAUAGAAGCUUCGGAUGACGAUCCUUCAAAUUCAGUUUUUGAAAUGGAUGGUUUUAUUUCUAAUUCCAAUUACGCCGCAAAGAAGAUAACUAUGGUGCUUUUCAUUAAUGAUAGACUGGUGGAGUGUGGUGCUCUAAAGAGGGCAAUUGAAAUUAUUUAUGCUGCAACAUUGCCCAAGGCAUCAAAGCCAUUCAUCUACAUGUCAAUCAAAUUGCCACCUGAGCACAUUGAUGUGAAUGUACAUCCAACAAAGAGAGAGGUAAGCCUUCUGAAUCAAGAAGUUAUAAUUGAGAAGAUACAGUCUGUUUUGGAGUCAAAAUUGAGGAACUCCAACGAGUCACGCACAUUUCAAGAACAGAGGGUGGAUUCUUCAUCUGUUUCUAUUUCUAUGAGCAAAGAUUCCCAAAAUCAUCGCUCGUCUUCUGGCUUAAAAUCGCAGAAAGUUCCAGUGCGCAAAAUGGUGCGAACUGAUUCCCAGGAUCCUGCAGGAAGGUUGCAUGCAUACUUGCAAGUUAAGCCGUCUAGUCAACUGCAAGGAACGUCUUCUUUGGCCUCUGUAAGGUCUUCAAUCAGACAACGGAGGAACCCUAGAGAAACUGCAGAUCUUACUAGCAUUCAGGAACUUACCAGAGAGAUUGAUUCUAGCUGUCAUUCUGAGCUGCUGGAUAUUGUGGGGAACUGCUCAUAUAUUGGGAUGGCAGAUGAUGUUUUUGCCCUACUGCAGCAUAAUACUCACCUUUAUCUUGCUAAUGUGGUCAACUUGAGCAAAGAGCUUAUGUACCAACAAGUUUUACGGCGAUUUGCCCAUUUUAGUGCUAUUCAAUUGAGUGAUCCUGCUCCACUGCCAGAUCUGAUAAUGCUGGCACUGAAAGAGCAGGAUUUGGAUUCAGAAGGCAAUGAAAACGAUGACCUGAAAGAAAAGAUUGCAGAAAUGAAUACAGAACUGAUAAAGCAGAGGGCUGAGAUGCUGGAGGAGUAUUUUGGCAUUUAUGUUGACCAAAAUGGUAAUUUGUCCAGAUUACCCAUCGUACUUGACCAAUACACCCCUGACAUGGAUCGGGUCCCAGAGUUAAUUCUUUGCUUGGGCAAUGAUGUUAAUUGGGAUGAUGAGAAAAUAUGUUUCCAAACAAUCGCUGCUGCUAUUGGAAAUUUCUAUGCCUUUAAUCCCCCUUUGUUACCUAAUCCAUCAGGUGAUGGUUUGCAAUUUUAUAAGAAAGUGCCUUCAACCACUUCUGAAGACGGAAAUGCCUCAGGAAGUGCCGAUGAUUCGAAAGAGGAAGAAAUUGAGCAAGAACUUCUUUCGGAGGCGGAAAGUGCUUGGUCUCAGCGUGAAUGGUCAAUACAGCAUGUUUUGUUCCCUUCCAUGAGACUUUUUCUCAAGCCUCCUACUUCAAUGGCUACAAACGGAACAUUCGUCAAGGUUGCUUCACUGGAGAAACUGUACAAAAUCUUCGAAAGAUGUUAGUUGUUGCAAUUGGAGUUACAAAAUUACACAUUAUCGAAAGCUUGGUCUAUCUACUUAGCACCUUUUGACUUUUUCUCAGAGACUAUUAGCUGUAUUUGAUUCAUAAUGUAAUAUAGUAGUAGUAGCUAAUAUUCGGAGAAUCAGAGUCACAUAAUGUAUGCACCUAACUUGCAGCUGUCAACUUCAAUUUCUUGGAUAUGCAUUAAUGAAUUUCACCUGCAAAUAUAACACACA